CCGCGCGUUACCACUUUGCCAUAUAAGAUCGGCCCUAAGGGCCGUCUUCCGCUAGUUCCGGCGCUCGCUCGCUAUUGCUUCGCACACCAGUCGUCCGAUCAGCUGAUGACGUAACAUACGACGAGCGUUCACGCGUGCGGGACGAGAAUAAUUGCGUGCGGUCUGUUGUGUCCGGUGUCGGUGGUCGGUGUGUGCGCGUCUCUGGCGCGGUGUGCGAGCGCGAAAGCGGCAGACGUACGGCGCGCGGCGUAGGAGAGAGCAUCGGCGAGGUGGUAACGCGCUUCUCCCCGUCAUCGGCCGAGCGAGCGCCCGUUCUCUCGCGCGCGUGCAGCCCAGUGCAGCCCUCCGUCAUCGCGCGUACGCGUCGCACGCACCGCGUUCGCUUCGCUUCGCGUCCGUACGGGCCGCGUUGUCAGGCUCGGAAAGGCGUACGCGUCCGCGAGUCGCGAGUAUAGCAGCGCUCGGUCCGCUAAUUCUGUCCUCUGCUGAGGUGCGGGGGUACGCGGAAAUCGCGAGACACAAAGAGUGAGAAAGAGAGAGAGAGAGAGAGAGCGAGAGUGUGAGAAAGAGAAGGAGAAAGGGGAAAGAGGGGAAGGAAGAAAGAGAAAGAGAGGAGAGAGAGAGACGAGAAAGCGGAUCGGAUCGUGCCAGGAUGAGCGUCGACGCGUACGGGCCCAGCAGCCAGACCCUCACGUUCCUCGACACCGAGGAGACGGACCUGAUCGGCGCGGACACGCAGGGCAGCGAGUUCGACUUCACCGACUUCACCCUGCCGUCGCCGAGUCAGACCCAGGCCUCGCAGCACGACGUGACCCAGACGCAGUCCAGUCAACCUGUUCAGGUUAAUGGAACGAAUGGUAGCAUUGGCAGCUCGUCGUUGGAUUUGAAGAUUUCUGGAGCAGCCCAGAGUCUCGCGGAGUUGCAAUUUGAGGAGGAGGAGGAAGAGGCGUAUUAUAAUCGUGAUUUGCCUGAACAUGCAUGUAAAUACUGCGGUAUCCAUGAAGCGUCCUGCGUCGUUAUGUGCAACGUCUGCCGGAAGUGGUUCUGUAAUGGACGGGGCAAUACAUCGGGAUCGCACAUCAUCAAUCAUCUUGUCCGUGCUAAACACAAGGAAGUCACUUUACACAGAGAUGGCGCUCUUGGGGAAACCGUUUUGGAAUGUUAUUCGUGUGCCACGAGAAAUGUUUUCGUAUUGGGUUUUAUUCCUGCUAAAGCUGAUUCCGUAGUUGUGUUACUCUGCCGCCAACCGUGCGCGGCACAGAAUUCUUUGAAAGAUAUGAAUUGGGAUCAAGAGCAAUGGAAGCCUUUGAUCGAAGAUCGCAGCUUUUUGUCGUGGUUAGUGAAGUUCCCGUCCGAACAAGAACAGCUGAGAGCCAGACAGAUCUCCGCGCAGCAAAUUAAUAAAUUGGAGGAGUUAUGGCGGGACAACGUUGAUGCUACUUUCCAAGAUCUGGAAAAACCUGGAGUGGACGAGGAACCGCAGCAGGUUCUAUUACGCUACGAGGAUGGAUAUCAGUAUCAAAAUAUUUUUGGCCCACUUGUGAAAUUGGAAGCUGAUUACGAUAAACGUUUGAAAGAAUCUCAAACUCAAGAGAAUAUUGAAGUACGAUGGGACGUUGGAUUGAACAAGAAGACCAUCGCGUAUUUCAUGCUGGCCAAAACAGACGGAGAUAUGAAAUUGAUGCACGGAGAUGAAUUGAGACUUCGUUACUUGGGAGAACUUCACAAGCCUUGGUCUGGAAUUGGACACGUGAUUAAGAUUCCCGACAAUUACGGGGAGGAAGUCGGAAUUGAGCUGAAGAACAAUUCUGGAGCACCGACGGAAUGUAUUAGCAACUUUGUCGUUGACUUUAUUUGGAAGAGCACGAGUUUCGAUCGAAUGCAAUCCGCAUUACGGAAGUUUGCUGUGGAUGAUACAUCUGUGUCGGCUUACAUAUACCACAGACUAUUGGGACACGAAGUAGAAGAGGUCUUGUUCCGUUGUCACCUCCCGAAACAUUUUAGCGCACCGAAUCUACCUGACUUGAACAGAUCGCAGGUGUACGCGGUGAAACACGCGAUACAACGACCCUUAUCCCUGAUUCAAGGCCCACCUGGAACAGGUAAAACCGUGACGAGCGCUACUAUAGUCUAUCAAUUGGUGAAACAGAACGGUGGUCCGGUUCUCGUAUGCGCUCCUUCAAAUACCGCUGUCGAUCAAUUGACCGAGAAGAUACACAAGUCAAACUUGAAAGUCGUACGGUUGUGUGCCAAAUCGCGAGAGGCCAUCGACUCGCCGGUGAGUUUCCUCGCGUUGCAUAAUCAAAUUAAAAACAUGGAGACAAACACCGAGUUGCAGAAGUUGCAACAACUGAAAGACGAGACGGGCGAACUGUCGAGCGUCGACGAGAAGCGCUACAGGCUCUUGAAGAAAGCGUCGGAAAAGGAGCUUCUCGAAGCGGCCGAUGUAAUUUGUUGCACGUGCGUCGGCGCCGGUGAUCCGAGAUUGCACAGAUUAAAGUUCCAUUCUAUACUGAUCGACGAGAGCAUGCAGGCUACCGAGCCGGAAUGCAUGGUACCGGUUGUCCUAGGAGCGAAGCAAUUGAUCCUCGUCGGAGAUCACUGCCAAUUAGGACCGGUGGUGAUGUGCAAGAAAGCCGCCAGAGCCGGUUUGUCUCAAUCUCUGUUCGAGAGAUUGGUUGUGUUGGGAAUCAGGCCGUUCCGCUUGGAAGUACAAUAUCGUAUGCAUCCCGAUCUCUCGCGGUUUCCAUCCAACUUCUUCUACGAAGGCUCCCUGCAGAACGGCGUUUGCGCUGACGAAAGGAAAUUACUGAAAAUCGACUUUCCCUGGCCUGCACCCGACAAACCGAUGUUUUUCUACGUUACGCAAGGUCAAGAGGAGAUAGCUGGAAGUGGGACGUCUUACUUGAAUCGCACCGAGGCGUCUAACGUUGAGAAGAUAACGACACGAUUCUUACGUUGCGGUGUGAAACCGGAGCAGAUCGGAGUGAUAACCCCGUACGAGGGUCAACGGGCCUAUCUUGUACAGUAUAUGCAGUACCAAGGUUCCCUACAUUCGAAAUUGUAUCAAGAGAUUGAAGUGGCGAGUGUGGACGCUUUUCAGGGACGAGAGAAGGACAUAAUAAUAAUGUCGUGCGUACGAUCCAACGAGCAUCAGGGCAUUGGAUUCUUGAACGAUCCCAGGAGAUUGAACGUGGCGUUGACUCGGGCGAAGUACGGCAUCAUAAUCGUAGGAAAUCCCAAGGUGCUCUCGAAGCAGCCGCUCUGGAACCACCUGCUUAGCUUUUACAAGGAGCAGAAGGUGCUGGUCGAGGGGCCGUUGAACAAUCUGAAGGAGUCCAUGAUUCAAUUCGCUAAGCCAAAGAAACUAGUGAACGCGGCUAAUCCAGGCUCGCACUUCAUGUCCACGUCCAUGUACGAUGCGCGUGAGGCCCUGAUCCCCGGAUCAGUGUACGAUCGUUCUGGCACACAGGUGAACGGCACGCAGAAUCACAAUCCGUACUACCAAAGAAACGUGCCGCUCGACAUCUUCAGCCGUACCCACGAUACCAUCAGCUACAUCAGCCCGGAGCGGGCGCAGGCGGCGAUGAACAACAUGCCCGUACCGGUCGGUAUGUUCAUGAACAUGGCGCACGUGCCGCCGCGUUUCUACAAUCAGCACCAGCAAGCGUUACAGGCACGCCAGAAUCAGAGAAACCGGCGCGGUAUCACCACCUCGGCGAGGAAUAAAUCGGGUCCGCGUAUGGGAAAACUGAGCCAGACCGAGCAAAACACGCAGCCGUACAGCCAACCGGGUUUGCCGCUGACGCAGGGCACGACCCAGGGCAUGUCCCAACCUGGCUUCAGUCUCUCGCAGCCUGGUCUCAGUCAGGCGGAACUCUCCCAGGACUCGUUCGCGGUCGGCGAAUUCCAGUCGCAGAUGGACGGCCUGUUAUCGCAGGACUCGACCUACCAGGGUGACCGAAGUGGUUUUUAUCAGUCGGGCCAGUCACAAGCCGGAGGACAGUUUUCACAGCCCUACUGAGCCGAGACCUACCUACGGCUGAGCAACGCAAUUGCCAUGCCAUGAAGGCUCGUUCGACCAAUUCUUCUUCGACCAACAACCACAAAUCACUAACUGCGCAAAACGGUACGACGGCUCGACGAUCGAGUACGAUAUUAUGCAGCAUACGCUCAUGUCCUCGGCGUGAGGCAAAGGGGAAUGAAAGGAGAACGAAGGUUCCGUAAGCUAAUUCACUGUUGGAGGAUUCCACCGUGAACACGGAAACACGCAAGGCUUCUGUAUCUACUGAUUGUAACGAGUGCAACGAGAGCGGAAAGACAUCGUACAGACUGGAGUAUAACGAACGACUACUGUCAAUCACCGUGACACGCGCUUACUGUGAACGGACCGUUUUCUCGUGGGGAUCGAGUGACGCUAUAACUAAAUAAAAAAAAAAAGGAAUGAAAAUAAUACAAAGAAAAAACGAGAUGUGAAAUAGAAGAAUAUUGCUUCGCAAUUCGACCGAAUUUGACGAGUAUACCGACGUCGCGUCACGCUCGGAUGGUGAAUCUACGAGGGAAUUCGUGAAUGAUCUUUCUAGCAGUCUAAAUAAGCCAUCGGAUUGCAAUGCAGUACCAAAACGCCACAUGUUUCUUCCCACUUUGUCACGGAUUCGAUAAUCGAACUGGAAGAGCACAGGGGGAAAUUAAAGAGACAGACACUGUAUUCGAGUUCCUUUGUAUCCACCAUUUAUCUCGAGCGGAAGAAGAGGGUAUUUUACAUCAACGUACGUACUUGUUGCUCGAACGCGUGGGCGCACGUCACACACGACAUUGAAAGUCUAACAUCGAUUUCUCCGGCGGAAUUUUGUCGAUGGGAAUCGCCAAUGUUGCAUCAUCAGAAGAACAGUAUGAAAAGCCAAUGUUUCAAUAUUAUCACGGAGAUGGGACAUCCAUUCUCAGAGGGCCGGCGUCUCCGCCAGUCGUGAGAAAUUCAUCGGUGGUUUUGAUCAUGUUGAUUAGUUUUUUUUUUUUUUUUCCUUUAUUUUGUAUCUAUUGCUUAUUUUACCGCAGGGGUCAACGGAGCGCACAAUUGGAAAGAUUGCUUUCUUUUGGUAGAUCCUUAGCAUUCAUGGGCUAGCGGUCGACGUGACCGAGAAACAGUAUAGACGCACUUACCAAAAUUAUAUUUGUUCUUUCUUUUGUGUAUCGCGUUACGUCGUUCUUUAACCCUUUCGCAAUGGCGAAUGAUAAUUGCUCGGUGGAGCAAGAACGCUACUCUAUUUUGAGAGUACUGCAUCCGAAAUUGAAACGUUGACUUCUCGAAAUUGAAAUAAUAAUUUCAUCGCGUCGGAUACAUUAAUAUUAUUGUACAAAUGUGAAUCAUGAAUCGACGAGUAAGAAAUUACUGAAAUUUGUUUAGGGAUUUGACGAAUUAUCGAAUUGUCCCUGUCCACAUAUGGAAAAAUAUUUCCCAACGAACUACGACGGUGGCUUCUUGUAGCGAAGGGGUUAAUGCGAACGAUAAUUGAUAAAUUUAGGGGAAUAUCUUGAUUUGUGAUUUCUCUGAAUAUGGCGCGCGCGCCAUACUGCAAAAAUCUUACGUGACUACAUUAUCGUGUGUUUCAGACAUUGCUAUUAUCCGUAAUGAUACAAGUGACUCGUCAUCAUAUCGAGAUAUCUCACUUGCGUGUAUAGACCGAAAUGUUCUAUACACUUUUAUUCGUAUCGUACUUUCUGUUGCUUCCGAAUCCCUGCCCCUAAUUCUAUAGUCUGUCUGUACUGGCUUCUGGCGGUAAUAUAAAUUUAUUAUAUUGCAAUAGAUUUAAGUAAUAAUGUAACCUGCAUUAUACAACACUAAAUUGAUUUAUUUCUUUUGUCCGACCAACAGCGCACCGCUAAUAUAAUAGCAGAUUAUACUGAAAAUUUAUUAUGAAAUCUUAUGGAAAAAUAAAUUUGGUUUGAAAGCAA